UUUCGUGUGCCAUGAAAUCGCCAAACUUGUCGUCAACUAGAUCUGACGAGAUGACUCAGCAAGAGGAGAGAAUGGAGGACACGGAAGCAACAGCAGAGGAUGACAACUAUUUCGACAGCUAUGAAGAUAUCGAGAUUCACCGAUUGAUGUUAAAAGAUGUUCCCCGAACGGAAGCCUAUCAAAAAGCUAUUCUUGGCAACAAGCAACUAUUUGAAGGAAAAGUCGUUAUGGAUAUCGGAGCAGGAACUGGGAUUCUUUCGCUGUUUUGUGCCCAAGCCGGUGCUGCCAAAGUCUAUGCGGUCGAAGCCAGUCGCUUGGCCAAUCUCACGCGGGAAGUUGUGGCCAAAAAUGGAUUCUCACACGUGAUUGAGGUCGUUCACGGGAAAGCCGAGGAGAUUGACCUGCCCGAAGGCGUUCAGGUGGACGUCAUCGUCAGCGAAUGGAUGGGCUUUUAUUUGCUGCACGAAUCCAUGUUGGAAUCGGUACUGCUAGCUCGUGACAAACAUCUCAAACCCGAUGGGGUGAUGCUUCCUUCGAAAGCCACCCUCUUUGCAGCUGCUUGCCGACUCGGCGAAUUCUACAGCCAACAGGUGGAUUUUUGGAACCACUUGUACGGCCUGGAUUUGUCCCCUGUCGGCCAGGCCGUCUUGGAUUCUAAGCGAUGCAAACCCGAAGUAGCCAUUGCCAAAGCCGACGAGCUACUUAGCGAACCCGUUCAACUUGCAGAUUUCGAUCUGGCCUGGCUGGGUCCAGAUGAAAUUGAACGGAUUCAUUCGCGCGCUUUCACUUCGGUCCUUUGCGACCAACCAACCGAAUACCAAGGCGUCUGUUUGUGGUUUGACUGCUCGUUUGAAUGGCCAGAUCGGAUCCCGUGUACGCCGGUAAAGCUCAGCACGUCGCCAAGUUCAGCGGCCACGCAUUGGAAACAAACAAUCAUCGUAUUGCCAUCGUCGAUCCAAGUGGAAGAAGGCGAUUUGAUUGGCUGGGAGCUGACUCUGAAACGCAGUAUGGAACACCGGCGGCGCUACCAAAUCGAACUGAACCUGCUCGACCCAGAAGAAGACGAGCAUCCUGUGCCGUGUUCUUGUGGCCAGGCAAGGUGCGUCGUCAUUGCCGCUUUUAUGGCUAAAGCGGACGAAGAACCCCUACCUGAUGACGAUGUUGAUGUCUCCACAGGGCCGUCAAGUGUUAUUUCAUAAUGCGGAGAAAAAUCACAGCCAAAACGCACACCUUUAUUUCGUGCGUUCACGUCGUUUUUUUCUUCCCUUCCGCAUUCGGGCGAAAAAAAAAGACGCGUGAGUCGCUUGACCUCGAUUUCCUUAUACGAUCGUUCGGACAUUUUGGGCUGCUGCAACAACAACAACAACAGCGUGGCUCUUAAACUCCUUUCUCUCUUUCUCGUUCGUUGUUUCUCGCUACCAUUUUUUUUGUUUUCCUUCUAUAGCUUCUUUAAAUUAUUUUCCCCAAUGUGAUUACACUUCCAAAUCAACCUCAAUUCAUUUGGGCUGCCAUCAUUUCCGAACUACACGCUAUACUCAUUUUCUUCUUUUCUCCUUGUUUUUUUUUUUUUGUUCUUUCUUUCUUUAUCUAUGUGAUACUGCGCACUUAACAAUUCAGCACGAUCGGUUUUAUUUUGUGUGUGUGUGUGUGAAUGCGCGCUUUGUUGUUAGGCUGGAUUCUUGCUCGUUCUCUUAGUGAUGGGUUAUAGUCAUUCCGGUCGGAUCGCCCCGAGAGAGAAAGCUUCUUAGGUCCCACGCGUUGCUGAAAGCACAGAAAGAAAGAAGAAAAAAAACUGACCCAUAUGAAUUUCAAAAGAAAAUUACCCUUCGGUUUUUUGUUCUGUUGUAUAUCUUGUUGUUUUAAAUGCUUGUGCUAGCAGCGAUAUAAUAGCUUUUCUCCCUCUUUUUCUUUCUCUCGACUCUCUCCUGUUUCGAGUCCGCUGAGAGGCUCGCUGAUUGCGCCCAGUGGAGAGAAAAUGCCCGGAUUUUUCUCGUGUAAAGGGACGAACUGGAGGGGGGAGGAAAAAUACUUGUUAUCGUACCCGUGGAAUUUGAUGAUGUAAACAUUAUUUUAUUGGGAACAUACUUGAAAAAAAAAAAAAAAGCCAUGGUCAUUUGGUAGGAGAGCGUUGGGUUUUUUUUUUCUUUCCCGAUGGUCAUGUUAUUCGCGUUUCUUGUCGUCGUUUGUUUUUGUUUCACUUUUGCGGUCACACACAAAUCUUGUCCCCUUUCUUGUUCUCUUUUUCGUCCGUUUUUUUUUUUUAAUAUUUUCUUUGAUGUAUUGAGCGCUUUGUCAUCGUAUCGACACACAAUGAUCAUCAGGUCCCUUUUCGGGACGGAAGAAAAAGUGCGCAUCACAACAAAACCAGAACAAACACAAAAUCUGACAAGAAAAAAAAAAAAAAUAAACAAAACCAGACAAGCGGAAGAAGUUGCCAGAAUGUUGUUGAGGAAUGUCUGAAUUUCUAGGUAAAGAAGAAGUAAAAAAAAAACAAACAACAAGCAACUCAAUGUUUUGCCUUGACCAACGGUUUGUCCUCAUACACCUGACACGACUUCGUUGAAAAAAGAAAAAAGAGGUGAAUUUCGGUUCGGUACAUGGUGAUACGUGCAUAAAUAUUUGUAGGAACGAACUCGAUGGUGAAAACUGUGAAAGGCAGGGGAAGGUAGAAACCACCGCAACCACAUCGGGUGAAAACACACUCCCUCCUUCUUUUUACAAGUCCAGUCCACGCAACGGCCAAAGAGGAGGUGGAGGGGGGGGGGCUUUCACACACACACACACGUCGUGUGCCUUUCUUUCUUCCCCUUUUUUUUUUUCCUUCUUCUUCUUCUUCGUCGCGUACCUGUUUUGUGGCGUUGCAAGUGGCAGGUUGGGCCUCACUCACCAACCGUCCAUUCGAUCGUGCGCACACGCCGACCAAGAGACCCUCCUACACACUCUGUCCUCUUCCUUUAUUUUCAUUUUUUUUUUUUUUUCCUCUUCGUUUUGCCCACCUGGGGUCCCGUUCGUUUCUUCUUUCUGUGCUUUCUGUUAACACUUGCCAUCGAGUGUUGUUUGUAACGUCUGCGCAUGUGCAGAAGGCUCAGAAGAAAGAGAAAAACGAAUUGGAAAGGGGAAGCAAAGAAAAAAAGAAGACGACAUUCGAGUGAUUUUGUUCUGAAUGUUUGACCAACACUACCAGCGUCCAAUACUUUGAAGUGUUGGGGUCUGUGUGUUUUUUGGGGAA